GGGAUUAAGUACAGAUUCAACAGUAACUGAAAGGCUAAGUUAUUCCAUUUCAUUUUAAAAAUAUGCAGUGUCACAGCAGCACAGAAGUCGUUUACGUACGUUAUAGCUUCUUUUGAAAAUUUUCCACUCAACUUUCAAGUCCAGAUAAUUAUUUGUGCCGAAGUUUUGGUUCAGUCACCAUUGUUAAUUACCGUAGCAGUGAUAGAACAUGAAUUGCGCUAUUCGUUUUAAUGGCAUUUCCAUUUGACUAAUUGACCUUUUUUUUUUUUUUUUUUUAAAAAAAAAACACUUAAUUGAACUUCCAAUGAAGCUGGGAAUGGAAGAAAUUUUCCAUGAAAUAGAUGCCGUCAGCAUGCAGAUUGAGAAUUGCAGGUUUAAAGGGAAAUGCCUCUUCCAGAGUUGCGGCAUAUUUCCAAAGCACCAGCAUGUCAUUAUUCUGAAUGAUUUUGAUUGACAAAUGUCUCCAUUUUCCUUUUUUCUACAUGCUCUUAAGCUGUGACCCUCUGGUGUCCAAUUCCAUGCAGUCACCAAGAUCCAGUCACAGAUGCAGAUGUAAUCCCCAGCGACAGAAAAACAUUUGGGUCACAUGCCCCAUGAUCUUAACAAAAGCAACAAUUUAUCGGGAUUUUAAUUGGGGGGCAUCUUUCAUUUUAUCUGUGGGAUUGUUUUGGCGUGCAAUCAUCCUCUUUUAUUUAAAGAUUUUAUCAUCUUUUUUGAUGAAUAUGCGCAGUUAUAGCAUCGAUUAGCUCUACGUCCUUCAGAUUUGUCACCUUGAUGUGCAAGAUAUAGUUAUUGAAAUGACUGACAGAUUACUCAGUCAAAGAAGUGUGUGUGAUUUCUCUUUUAUGACAAUGGAUUGUUUCUGCUCAGAACUGGAAUGACUUUCCCAUCUCUUCCUCAUGGAACCCUUUCCUUACAUUGAUGAGUUAUCACCCUACUCUAUUAUCAGUGUAAGCCCUGCAGAUCUGGCAGGUCGGUGUUCAGCACCUAAAAGUCGCUGUAUCGUUCCGGAGCCAAAAGACCCAUUUUAGGAGCCAGAAGACAAUUCCCGAAUCUCUAUCUACAGCUUCUCUGCCUUCGCCAGAGGACAGGCGGGGUCCUUGUAGCAGAGGAAGCCAACACGUCAGCUUGUUGACAAAAAAUAUCUUUAAUCUGUUCAUAAGGCACGUGCAGAGGGAACGGGGUCCUUCUCGCCGGAUGAUCAGAUAGAACUUCAUCCAAGCUUCAUCAGAAGGGGCAGCUACACAGAGCAGUCAGCAUGCAGCCGGCCAUGAUGAUGUUUUCCAGUAAGUACUGGGCCAGGAGGGGGCUGUCGCUGGACUCGGCCAUGUUUGACCAGCAGCACCUGCAAGAGCAAACCACCCGCAGACCCUCUUUCUCCCGCAUCGAGGAGAAGCCCAGCGGGGCGGGCGAGCCGCAGGCUGAAGACACGGGCAAGACCGCCGUGGUGUUCACCCUCAAGAAUGAGGUGGGCUGCCUGGUACGGGCCCUGCGCCUCUUUCAGGAGAAGCAUGUGAACCUGGUCCACAUUGAGUCGCGUAAGUCCAAGCGCAGGCCAUCCGAGGUGGAGAUCUAUGCUGACUGCAGCUGCAGCAGGCGUGAGUUUGGGGAGCUGGUGCAGCACCUGAAGCAGCACAUCAGCAUAAUUUCUUUGGACCCCCCAGAGCAGAUCUGGCUGGAGGAGGAAGCAGAACUGGAUGGAGUUCCAUGGUUCCCCAGGAAGAUCUCUGAGCUGGACCAGUGCUCCCACAGGGUGCUAAUGUACGGCUCGGAAUUGGAUGCCGACCACCCGGGCUUUAAGGACACAGUUUACCGCCAACGGAGGAAAUAUUUUGUGGAGGUGGCCAUGAACUACAAGUUCGGACAGCCGAUUCCCCAUGUCGAAUAUUCGUCCGACGAGGUGAAGACGUGGGGGGUUGUGUUUCGUGAACUGACCAAGCUCUACCCCACCCACGCCUGCCGGGAGUACCUGAAGAAUCUUCCACUUCUCACAAAGCAUUGUGGGUACCGGGAGGACAACAUCCCCCAGUUGGAGGAUGUGUCACUCUUUCUUAGAGAACGUUCCGGUUUCACCGUGCGGCCUGUUGCGGGGUACCUGUCGCCCCGGGACUUCUUGGCUGGCCUGGCGUACCGCGUCUUCAACUGCACCCAGUAUGUGCGGCACAGCAAAGACCCUCUGUACACACCUGAACCGGACACGUGCCAUGAGCUACUGGGACAUGUCCCUCUGCUGGCGGAUCCCAAGUUCGCCCAGUUUUCCCAGGAGAUCGGCCUGGCCUCGCUGGGGGCGUCGGAUGAGGACGUGCAGAAGCUGGCCACGUGUUAUUUCUUUACCAUCGAGUUUGGCCUGUGUAAGCAGGACGGACAGCUGAGAGCCUAUGGGGCGGGACUUCUGUCUUCCAUUGGAGAACUGAAGCAUGCGCUUUCAGACAAGGCCGCGGUAAAGCCAUUUGAGCCCAGGACCACAUGCUUUCAAGAGUGCCUCAUUACCACCUUCCAGGAUGUCUACUUUGUCUCUGAAAGCUUUGAAGAAGCCAAAGAAAAGAUGAGAGAAUUUGCCAAAACGAUUCAGCGACCCUUCUCGGUUUACUACAACCCAUACACUCAGAGCGUGGACUUGCUUAAGGAUACCAGGAGCAUAGAGAACGUGGUGAACGACCUGCGGAGUGACCUGAACACAGUGUGCGAUGCCCUGGGUAAAAUGAACAGAUACCUGGGGAUUUAGGACCCGGCUCGCUGCGGGAACCUUAAAGCAGAGCCGAAACGUCAACGCGCUACACCGUCAUCGCAAAUGUCACAGAACGUGUGGAGCUGUCAAGAUGCACGAAUGGCACGCUAGCCCCUGUUUAGCAUUUAGCGAGCUCUACUGCUCCUGAUGACUGUCUUGUCAUCACUUGUGUUCUGCGUUUCCAGUCGAUCCCAGAGUUGUCCUGUCAGGAUAGGAUCUGGGUUUGCUGUUGGCUUAAAUAUAUGCUUCUUCACCCGUGUUUUCUGGGAAAUCAGUCCCAUGAUGUUCGGUAUGAUCAUGUAUGUAAUGCUAAUUCAACAUACAGUAUAUAUCACUUGAUAUGUAUUAAAGUGUUACAUGGAUUUGCUACACGGGUCUGUAAUAGAUUGGAAUUGCUUUGAUCUUUUCCUUUCGAAUGCUGUUUUAACUUUUCAUUUUGGGCUCAGAUUCAUGCGUUUUUCCUGAGGCAAAAUAUCAUCACUGUCCAAUAAGAAGCACGUAUCUCCAAAAAUGCGUUAUUUCUGGAGUGUGAAACACACUUUCGCAGAAACCACUUUGUAAAAAUAAACAUAAAACAACAUAAUGAGACUCAAGACCACAAAUAGAGCCU